CAAAAAGUCUCAUCAAUACAGAAUGAUUAAAGUAAUAUGACUAUAUAAAUGAAAGUAGAUGUCAUCUAUCUUACCUCUCGUGUUAAACAAAUGGCGAACACAAGCACUCCAAUCUGAACGAUCGUCAUUUUAGACAUUUUGUCGUCUGUUAUUGUGGUAAUUUGGCCCAAUUGAGGAGGCUGCUCACAGACUCUGCUUCUCUCUAAUGUGGACGCAGCAUCACACGCAGCUUUUUAUACCAGCUGCAGGUCUGUGACGUAACCUAUAGGGUCCUGACUGAGUCCCGGACAUGGUGGGAAAGAGAUAUGCAGAUAUGUAGUAUAAUUUACUCUGCAGGAUCAUCACUUGCUGAAACAUAGACACACUUAUGGGUGUUAAUGUUGUGAAUUAUAAAAAAAAAAUUAAGAGUUAUGAUGAGCGCGCGUGCUCCUCCUUAGCCCAACUUUUGCACUUUCUCACCAUUAUUUUAAGGUAAGCACAUUGCUCAUAAUCAGGAUUUAAACCACUUUGACCAGCAUGGUGGAGCCAAACACCUGCAGCCUGCUCGAACCGUUACGGUGCCAUGGCCACACAUGUUGGUAUGCUGCUGGAUUCAUUAUGGUCUCUGACAGCGUUGCAGAGAGAGUGGAGAUUGUUCGGCGGCGGAGACUCCAGCCCGGAGCGCACGCAUGUUCCAGUGGACUCUCAUGGUGUAAAGCCCCAGAUGAGGGACUCAGACGUCCGGGAAUGACAGCCGCUGUCACCGGGAGUGACAGCUUUCACUCUGAGAAAAAACUCCGCUGAGAAAUCCUCCUGCUGACAGGCAACUCUGAUCCGGAUCGGAUCCAGACAGACCAGGAUUAUGCCAGAGAUGGAGAAAGGGAGACCUCCAGAAAAUAAACGCAGCAGGAAACCUGCGCACCCUGUAAAGAGGGAGAUCAACCAGGAGAUGAAGACGUUUGCAGAAAGCACCAUGAACGAGCUGUUGGGAUGGUACGGCUACGACAAGGUAGAUCUCAGAGACUCGGAGGCCAACGAGAUCAGAAACUACAGAGAAAGGAGGCAGCAUGUGUCCGUGCUUAAAGAAAACUCAUUGCCAAAACAGAAAGGCCUUGAAACCAAGGCCGGUCACUCAGUCCUCACCAUGAAGAGUGUGGAAAGAGAGUCCUCCAGUGUCCCCUCAUCCUCACCAUCCUCUUCCUCUACAAGCUCAUCCCUGACCACCCCGAAGGAGCACAAGAGUGCCCCUGUCAUUGUUCCUCUUAUAAAGCCAUCAGCAGUGGAAGAUGUACAAAAUGUGCAGAUAGUCUGUGUUUGGUGCCAGAAAGAAGGAGUAAAGCGCUACUCUCUAUGUAUGGGCUCAGAGCUGAAGAGCUUCUGCAGUGAGAAAUGCUUUGCAGCCUGCAGACGGGCCUACUUCAAACGCAAUAAGGCCAGAGAUGAAGACCUCCAUGGUGAGAGAUCCCCUCAGCACCCCCAUCCGGAGGACUCGCCCAGACUGGUGUUGAAGAUAAACAGCAAUGUCAGAGUAUGUGAUUGGUGCAAGCAUGUCCGCCACACUAAAGAAUACCUGGACUUUGGAUCCGGUGAAGAACGACUCCAGUUCUGCAGCACCAAAUGUCUGAAUCAGUACAAGAUGGAUGUUUUCUACAGAGAAGCUCGUGCAGCUCUCACCAGCUCCAGUCCGAGUAGAUCAAGCCAGGAAGGGAGGGCAGAGAACAGUUUGGGAGGUCAAAAGCUACUCACGCCUGAUUCUUGGAACAGUGCUGCAGGAGAAGCUUGUCGUAGAAACCUUUCCCCCAAGGUGCAUGCAUCAAUCCAUGGAUCAGCAGAAUCCACCUCUAUCUCCCCUUCAGAGGCUUCCUCUUGUAAUCCCAAGGUCACAGUCGCUGGGCUGAGGACACUGGAGAGACCCAUCCAGCCUCCUCCACAACACCCUGCUGUUGAAGUGUCGCCCCAUCCUGGUUCCCUUCAUCCUCCACCAUCUUCUCGCCACCUUCUAGAUCAUCAUCCAGUACCUCAAAUCCCCAUACCAUUCAUCAGACCUCCUCUUCAUGCUCAGGGUCUAAAAAGCCCCCUUGCCAACCCUCCCAGAAACCCAGCCCCCUCUUCCAGCCCUAUCCACAGACCUCCUCAUUCACCUCACUUGCAGCCCCCAACCUCCUCCAUGAACCCCCCUGGACUGAUGCACCCCUUCCCAGGAGCAUAUUUCCCUGGUUUGCACUCCCCGCCCUUGAACAUGAUGCCAAGAGGUCCUGUCCCAAUGCCUCACAUAAUGAACUAUGGUAUUCCCUCCUUCAGCCCUCUUCUUCCCCAACCCAUGGUCUUGGUGCCUUACCCCAUCAUUGUCCCCCUACCUGUCCCUAUACCCAUUCCUAUUCCCAUUCCAGUCCCUUCAAAGGCAACCCCAGAAACUCCAAGUGUAAUCCAACCUGUGCCAGAAGGGAUAGAUUGGGGUAGAUCCAGGGCUACAAGGCCACAAACACCAGGAAUUCCUGAAGGGAACAGCAGAUUGAUAGCUAAUAAACUGGGUGGAACCUCACCAAGUGACCCCAGCACAAGAGACACAGACUGGGUUAAAUCAGAAAGGCCAUUCCCAUCCCCAACACCCAAGCCCCACAGUGGCGCAUCCUCCCCCAGAGCACAGUACAAUGGAUCCCCUUGCUCAGCCCAAGAGUUGGAGGGGCUGACAGACUAUAAGCAGCCACAGUCAGAGCGACAAGUCAUUCAAAGGGUUCUUCAAAGGACCCAAGUGAAGCUAGGGACAAGUGCCAAUGGAGUGGUUGAUGUAUCAGGGCUUGGGGAGUCUGGAGCAGGGCAGGGUACCAGAUUAGGUCUUCACAAUAUUGCCAGACCAACCCCUCCUCAGUCACUGUCCCCUUUACAUGACACCUUCUACCACCAACAGGACCCCAACUCUCCACUUUCAAGCACGCCAAGCAGCCCCAAUGGGAGCAGUCAUUCAAUGGAUGCCCCAUCUUCUGCCCUGAUUUCUCAGGACCAUGGUCCAAAUGGGAUGUCGCCAUCAACCCCCGAAAGUCCGGACUCAUCCUUAACCCAGGGAGUGCCAGCAUCCAACCCUGACCCUGCAGUCAGUGAGCUUGAGGCUAUCAAAGAGAACAAGUGUUCUGUUGUGCGGGUUGAGGGUGCAGUUACUCAGCCAGAGGAGCCCUUAGCAAUAGUUGGGGAAGUAGGGGAAGAUCCCCAUGUUCCUGAUGAGGACCAUGCCUAUGCCUUGCCUACAGCGCCAAAAAUGGGUGGGACUACCACCCCGCUACUCUUGCCCAAGCUCAGAGACAAGGGUAGCCUGCGGAGCCCUGCCAAUAUUCCUAGUGCUGGAGACAUGGAGCCAGCCCUAAAGAGACGAUGCCUACGAAUCCGUGAUCAGAAUAAAUAGAAGACAGAGACUCCCUGUUUAUCACUGUAUGGCCGUGCCAGAUUCAGUGCCACGCCCUCUCGUGGACAACGCCAGUGCUAACACCCUCCUGUGAGUCCCUCAGCCUGUCAGCCCACCAGAGUGUUGCUCUGCCUGUAGACCAGCAGGGUGCCAAACCAGGAAGCAGUCCAGAUGGCCAUAAUAUCACAAAUCAAAGAUGGGGAAGAACACAGCCACACAUUUUGUCUUGGACCAAAUAGUAUUUCUGGCGAUUGUGUUAUGUUGUGGUCAGUGAGCGCUUGAUAAGGAGCAUCUCAGAUCUUCUACCUGUCUGACAUUGACCUAAAGUGUGUUUGUGUGUGUGCUCCUCCUCCGCUCCUCGCUAUCCACAGCAGACAGGGCUUAGAUCAGCCUUGUGUGGUCUUCUCAGAUGGAGCCUGAACAUGAUCUCUUUCCAGGGGAAACGGUUUGUUUUCUCUGCCCGCCUCGCACAAAGAGCCACAUUGUUCCUCUCCCCAUAUCCCACGCUGACUCCCCACUCCAGGUUUUGGGUUACCUGGCUGGCGGGGGCUCAGACUUCAGGAGCUUUUUUUAUUUUUUUGAGCGACAGCCAGGAAAAUGGUAUACCCCUCUCUCCCCUCCACCCUCAUCGCCCAAUCUAAAUACGGUACACAGCAACAUACAAAUUCUGAGGUUUCAUUUCCCACAACCGGUUGCUUGUAAUUCCCUGCUCACUUUCUUCAAGGGAGGAGAGGAGAACUGCUGAGAUUUAUUCACCUCCAUGGACAUUUCCUAGCUGGGCUGUCAAGACAGAUGACUGAGGAGAAAGGAUGUUCCUGCUGCAUCCUCUAAAACAAAGUUUAACUACACAGAAUAUGUGAGGGUACAUCUACUAUUCUACAGUAGCUGUGACGGUCUGAGAACAGUUAAGUCAUCCUAAUGAGGCUGGUCCGUAAAUGCGCUAUAUCCAGACCCUCCCUCACCUGAUCUGCCAAAGCUUUCAUAGCAGAAUUUGAAUCACUUUUAGCUCAAAGUGUCAUGCUUGUUAAACUCUAAAACCAUGAAUAUUCAUGACAUGUGGCAGUUAAACUUCUCCAGAUUCAUUUUUAAUGGCUUGUAAUAUUACCAAAUGUGGUAUUAUACUCAACAGUUAAAUGCUGUAGUUUGCAGCAAUCAGUAUUACGGUUCCCCUCCAUUGGGGAUACAUGAGAUAUGAUCCAGCUAGAACACUUAGAGGCUUUUUCAACUCUUUUAUCCCUUUGUAAGGUUUCAGAUUUUCUAGUUGAACUCUACACAGAUAUUAUUUGAUGUAAUAUUAACUUAUGGAUGAUGCAUCUGUAGAUUUUCACAAAAAAGUGCUAUAUUACUUCAUUUGUUUUCUCUUUGAUGAUUGUAUUUUGUGCCUGCUAAAGCCCUUAAAUCCCCCCUCCCUGUUUUUGUGUUUAUAUACUGAAUCCCCACUAGAGAGCAGUGUUUGCCUUUGUAACUUUGCACCUGCCCUUUGCCGACAAAAGCAACAAGAGGCCCAGAGGAAGCCCGCUGAAAACCAUAUGAUUUUCGCAGAACACAAUGCUGCACCCAGUGCCACCUGGCUGAUAUCAAAUGCCAAGCAGAAAGCUUUCCUGCCAUUUAAUUCUGAAACUACUUUCUCAUUGCAUCCCAUUAUGUUGCCUACAAUGACAGCAGUGUCACACAUAGAAAACCAAAGCUGCUCUUCAGAGGGUGUUCUUCAAAAGUCUCCUGGGAUAAGUAGUCAUUGUGGCCCACUCCUAGAAUAACUCCAAAUGUGACCCACCUUGGCCAUCAUUCCAAAACGACAUCAGUCUGUAUGUGCGCCACACGUCACCCCCCACCUACUCAUUCCAGCCUACAUCUUCACCACAGGUCAUGCCAUCAUGUUGGUGUCAUCAGGGGACUCUUUGUCAACUGCUACUAUGAGUCAGUGACGACAUCACUCCACGCAAAUAGCUGCGUUGCCAACAGGUGUUCCUCUGCAUUGACACCAAAGGCCAAAAAAAGGAAUAAUUUCAGACUGCCUAUGUUGGUUUUAUUGCACAUUUUAAUCAUUGUCAUUUCUAACCUGAUACUGGAUGUGUUUCUAUCUAAGUUUGGAUACAACAUUUUUUUUUGUCAGACAUUUUGUUGCCUGAAAUUCAUUGUUACUUUCUGAACUACCUUAUCAAACAUUUAUCUCACUGUCUAAAUACAUUAUCCACAGAUUGUUUGUAUUUGAAUAUAGAUUAAUUAUCCAAAAAGCUUUGGUGGCGACCUCUUUGUAAAGUAAAACAAAUAAAAAAAUAUUCUAAGAGCAAGUAAA